AUGUUAAUGGUUAUGAAAUACUGGCUGCACUUUGGUAAUGAGUCACUGAUGGGUAUCAAGCGAUGGCUUGAUGUGGGGAGUGACUGGAUGAGCCUCCUGAGGAUGUGCUGUAACCUGGACAGAGAGGAUGGGGGUGUGGUGGUCCAGGGCAGGAUCCAGGGGGGGCUGCUGGGGCACGGCCCCGAGCUGGGGCAGCAGCUGCCUCGGCCGGUCCUGUGCCCUGCCAGAGCUGCUGGCAGCAAAGCAAAGAACGCCCAGGACACGGGUUUGCAGACGGCUGAUCCAGGUAAAGAAGCUUUCAGGAAUGAGAGAAGGCCUAUGAGUUUUGAUAAAAAGGUGCUAGUACGGUCAGGACGCUUUAAAAAGGAGGACAUUCCCAGGCACAUAUUGUCUGAGGUCCUCGACACUGCAAGGAGCAUUGUCAGGAUAAAGGUUUGCUACAUCAUGAUUGCUCUGACUGUGUUGGGCUGUGUGACCAUAAUCAUCACAGGCAAAGAAGCUGCGAGGAAGGAUCAGACGCUGCUGAGAGUGAACACAGAAAAGACGGAGAGGGCUGAAGUGGAGAAAGGUCAGGAGGCAGCUGUUGGGAAGUCACAAUAA